AUGAAAUUCGAUGAGAAAGAUGGCAUCGACUACGCUGCCGUCACCGUCCAGCUCCCCGGAGGCGAGAGGGUCCCUUUCCUCUUCACGGUGAAGCAACUCGUUGCUUCUGGAAAACCGAAGAGAUUCAACGACGAGUUUUUGGUUCCCAGGUACAGAGGGUCGUCAUUCUUGGACCCAAAGGGCAGAGGCGGGUCCCAGGGUUAUGACAACGCGGUGGCGCUGCCCCCCGACGGGAGAGGGGAUGAGGAAGAGCUGGCGAAGGAGAAUGUCAAGAACGCGGCGGCGUCGAAGGGGAAGAUUACAUUGAGCGUGACCAAGAGCAAGCCAGAGACAGGGGAGGAGGUUUGGUAUGCUCAGCUUGAUUAA